UCCGGUACUGAUUCAGCACUCUCUCCUGCUGCGGCUCCACAAUGGCCGAGGGAGGAGAAGCCGAGGAUGAAAUCCAGUUUUUACGCACUGAUGACGAGGUGGUGUUACAGUGUUCAGCCACCCUUCACAAGGAACAGCAGAAGCUGUGUCUGGCCGCAGAGGGCUUCGGGAACAGACUCUGCUUCCUGGAGUCGACCUCCAACUCCAAGAAUGUUCCCCCAGAUCUGUCGAUAUGCACUUUUGUGCUGGAGCAGUCGCUGUCCGUCCGCGCUCUGCAGGAGAUGCUGGCCAACACGGAGGAGAAGGCUGAGGGGAAAUUCAUGAUGAAGACGGCGCAGGGCGGAGGUCACCGGACUCUUCUCUACGGCCACGCCGUCUUACUCAGGCACUCCUACAGUGGGAUGUACCUCUGCUGUCUGUCCACCUCACGCUCAUCAACAGAUAAACUCGCAUUCGACGUGGGACUACAAGAAGACACGACAGGAGAAGCAUGCUGGUGGACCAUACACCCCGCUUCCAAGCAAAGGUCAGAAGGAGAGAAGGUCCGUGUAGGUGAUGACCUCAUCCUGGUCAGCGUGUCUUCCGAACGCUACCUGCACCUGUCGUAUGGCAGUGGCAGUUUACAUGUUGAUGCUGCCUUCCAGCAGACUCUGUGGAGCGUAGCACCGAUCUGCUCAGGAAGCGAGGUCGCCCAGGGUUUCCUGAUCGGUGGUGAUGUGUUGAGGUUGUUGCAUGGUCACAUGGACGAGUGUCUGACCGUUCCGUCGGGAGAGCACGGAGAGGAACAGCGAAGGACGGUGCACUACGAGGGGGGAGCAGUGUCCACCCACGCUCGCUCCCUCUGGAGGCUGGAGACGCUCAGAGUGGCCUGGAGUGGCAGUCACAUUCGAUGGGGUCAGCCGUUUCGUUUACGUCACGUGACCACAGGAAAGUACCUCAGCCUGCUGGAUGAUAACGGCCUGCUGCUCACGGACAAGGAGAAAGCAGACGUCAAAUCCACCGGCUUCUGCUUCCGCUCAUCAAAGGAAAAGCUCGACUUCGCUCUGAGGAAAGAGGUGGACGGAAUGGGCGUUCCCGAUAUCAAAUACGGUGAUUCGGUGUGCUACAUCCAGCAUGUGGACACUGGUCUGUGGCUCACCUACCAGUCAGUAGAUGCCAAGUGUGCCCGGAUGGGCGGAGUGCAGAGGAAGGCUAUAAUGCAUCACGAGGGUCACAUGGAUGAUGGUCUGACCCUCUCUCGAUCCCAACACGAAGAAUCCCGCACGGCCAGAGUCAUCCGCAGUACGGUGUUCCUGUUCAACCGCUUCAUUAGGGGUUUGGACACGCUUAGCAAGAGGGGAAAAACCUCCAAGCUCGAUCUGCCGAUCGAAUCGGUCAGCCUGAGUCUGCAGGAUCUGAUCGGCUACUUCCAGCCACCCGACGAGCACCUAGAGCACGAGGACAAGCAGAACCGACUCCGAGCGCUGAAGAACCGACAGAACCUGUUUCAGGAGGAGGGAAUGAUAAGCCUGGUUCUGGAGUGUAUCGACCGCCUGCACGUCUACAGCAGCGCUGCUCAUUUCGCAGAUGCGGCGGGACGGGAAGCAGGAGAGGCCUGGAAAAAUAUUCUCAACUCGCUUUACGAGCUCCUAGCUGCUCUGAUCAGGGGCAACAGGAAGAACUGUGCUCAGUUUUCCUGCUCACUGGAUUGGCUGAUCAGUCGCCUGGAGAGACUGGAGGCCUCGUCAGGUAUCCUGGAAGUGCUGCACUGUGUGCUGGUGGAGAGCCCCGAAGCCCUAAACAUCAUCAAGGAGGGGCACAUCAGAUCCAUCAUUUCCCUGCUGGAUAAGCAUGGACGCAACCAUAAGGUCCUGGACGUGCUGUGUUCUCUAUGUGUGUGUCACGGUGUGGCCGUUCGCUCCAACCAGCACCUGAUCUGCGAUAACCUGCUGCCAGGGAGAGACCUGUUACUGCAGACUCGUCUGGUCAACUACAUCAGCAGCAUGAGGCCAAACAUCUUUCUGGGAGUGAACGAAGGCUCGGCGCAGUACAAGAAGUGGUAUUACGAGCUGAUCGUGGACCACGUGGAACCGUUCGUGACUCCAGAGGCGACUCAUCUGAGGGUGGGCUGGGCGUCAACGCCCGGGUACUCACCCUACCCGGGAGGAGGCGAGGGCUGGGGGGGCAACGGGGUCGGGGACGAUCUUAAUUCCUACGGUUUUGACGGACUACACCUGUGGUCAGGCUGUAUAGCUCGGACGGUCAGCUCCCCCAAUCAGCACCUGCUGUGUGCCGACGACGUAAUAAGCUGCUGCCUGGACCUCAGCGCUCCCAGCAUCUCGUUUCGAAUCAACGGCCAGCCCGUUCAGGGCAUGUUCGAGAACUUCAACACCGACUGCCUGUUCUUCCCUGUCGUCAGCUUCUCUGCUGGAGUUAAAGUGCGCUUUCUAUUGGGCGGUCGUCAUGGAGAAUUUAAGUUCCUCCCUCCGGUGGGCUACGCACCAUGUUUCGAGGCGGUCCUGCCACGAGAGAAGCUCAGAGUGGAACACAACCAGGAGUACAAACAUGAUCACGGGGUGACCCGAGACCUGCUGGGACCUACGCUCACCCUGUCACAGGCUGCAUUCACACCUACACCCGUAGAUACCAGCCAGAUCGUUUUGCCGCCUCACCUUGAACGAAUCCGAGAGAAGCUGGCAGAAAACAUUCACGAGCUCUGGGUCAUGAACAAGAUCGAGCUGGGCUGGACCUAUGGAGCGGUUAGAGAUGACAAUAAGAGGCAGCACCCGUGCCUGGUGGAGUUCUCCAAACUUCCAGAACAGGAGCGCAGCUACAACCUGCAGAUGUCUCUGGAGACUCUAAAGACUCUGCUGGCACUGGGUUGCCAUGUCGGCUUGGCAGACGAACGAGCGGUGGACAAAGUGAAGCACUUGAAGCUGCCGGCCAAAUAUGAGCUAUCCAGCAGUUAUAAACCUGCUCCUAUGGACCUGAGCCACGUCAAACUGGCCUCUACACAGGAGGCCAUGGUGGACAGACUGGCAGAGAACGCACAUAACGUGUGGGCAAGGGACCGCAUUCGCCAGGGAUGGACCUAUGGGGUUCAACAGGACGUGAAGAACAAGAGGAAUCCACGCCUGGUUCCUUACGUCCUGCUGGACGAGAGAACCAAGAAAUCCAACAAAGACAGUCUACGAGAGGCCGUGAGAACAUUGCUGGGCUACGGAUACAACCUGGAGGCUCCUGACCAAGACCAUGCCCGAGCCGACAUCAGCAACGUAUCCACGGAGCGUUUUCGGAUCUUCCGGGCUGAAAAGACCUACUGCGUGAAUGCCGGGAAGUGGUAUUUCGAGCUGGAGGUGGUGACCGCAGGCGAGAUGCGGGUGGGCUGGGCUCGUCCGGGCUGCCUGCCCGACCAGGAGCUGGGUUCCGAUGACCAAGCCUUCGUGUUCGAUGGAUUUAAGGCCCAGCGGUGGCACCAAGGGAACGAGCACUUUGGGCGUUCAUGGUCGGCGGGUGAUGUGGUAGGAUGCAUGGUGGACCUGAACGAGCACACUAUGAUGUUCACGCUGAACGGCGAGGUGCUGCUGGAUGACUCGGGCUCCGAACUUGCGUUCAAGGACUUUGAGGUCUGGGAAGGGUUCAUCCCGGUCUGCAGUCUGGGUGUGAGUCAGGUGGGCCGGAUGAAUUUUGGGAAGGACGUGAGCACGCUGAAGUUCUUCACCAUCUGCGGCCUGCAGGAGGGUUACGAGCCCUUCGCCGUCAACAUGAACCGAGACGUCACCAUGUGGCUGAGCAAGAGGCUUCCUCAGUUCAUCCCUGUACCCGCCGGCCAUGAGCACAUCGAGGUCACGAGAAUUGACGGCACAGUGGAGACCCCGCCAUGCCUAAAAGUCACGCAGAGGUCGUUCGGAUCCCAAAACAGCAACACGGACAUCAUGUUUUACCGGUUGAGCAUGCCCAUAGAGUGCGCCGAGGGAUUCACCAAACCCGCCGGCGGGACUCUGCCGGCCAACGGAAGCUUCUUCUCGCCCAAGAAAGAUCUGGAGGAUUUUGAGACCGUGUCCGACUUCGAGGUUCUGAUGAAGAGCGCUCACGGUCACAUGGGCUCCAACGGCCCGGACAAAGACAAGGACGAAUUUAAUAACCAUAAGGACUACAACCAAGAGAAGCCGUCCAAACUCAAACAGAGGUUUAUGAUGAAAAAGUCCAAACCCGACUUCAGUACGAGCAACUCCUCCACCCGUCUGUCACAAGAAGUGCUGGCUGAUGAGAGAGACGAUUACGAGUUGCUCAUGCAGACGUGCACAUACUACUACUCUGUGAGGAUUUUUCCGGGCCAGGAGCCGUCCAGUGUGUGGGUGGGCUGGGUGACAUCCGACUUCCACCAGUACGACCCAGCCUUUCAGCUGGACAAGGUUCGAACCGUCACCGUCACUCUCGGAGACGAGAAAGGCAAAGUUCACGAGAGUAUUAAGCGCAGUAACUGCUACAUGGUGUGGGCCGGUGAGAGCAACAAUCCCGGCCAGAGCCGGAACAAUAACGGCCUGGAGAUCGGCUGUAUGGUGGACACAGCCAGCGGCCUGCUAACCUUCACCGCCAACGGCAAGGAGCUCAGUACUUAUUACCAGGUGGAACCCAGUACUAAACUCUUCCCUGCAGUGUUCGCCCAGGCCACCAGCCCCAAUGUUUUCCAGUUUGAGCUAGGAAGAAUAAAGAACGUGAUGCCACUCUCAGCUGGGCUGUUUAAAAGCGAGAGGAAGAACGCCGUCCCUCAGUGCCCACCGCGGCUGCACGUUCAGUUCCUCACGCCGGUGCUCUGGAGCCGGGUGCCCAACCAGUUCCUUAGGUCAGAGGUCAACAGGGUGAACGAGAGGCACGGCUGGAUGGUGCACUGCACAGAACCGCUGCAGUUUAUGGCCCUGCACAUACCUGAAGAGAACAGGACGGUGGAUAUCCUGGAGCUGACGGAGCAGCGCGAGCUCCUUCAGUUCCACUACCACACGCUGCGCCUCUACUCGGCCGUGUGCGCCCUGGGGAACCACCGGGUGGCGGCGGCGCUCUGCAGUCACGUGGACGAGUCGCAGCUGCUCUCAGCCAUCCAGAACAAGAGCAUGGCGGGCCUGCUGCGCACCGGCUACUACGAGCUGCUCAUCGACAUCCACCUGAGCAGCUACGCCACCGCCCGCCUCAUGAUGAACAACGAGUACAUCGUGCCCAUGACCGAGGAGACCAAGAGCAUCACGCUCUUCCCCGACGAGCAGAAGAAGCGACACGGUCUGCCCGGCAUCGGGUUGAGCACCUCUCUGCGCCCGAGGAUGCGCUUCUCGUCCCCGAACUUCGUCAGCGCCGUGUACGCGGGCAACGGCGGCGGGGAGCGGUUCCAGUUCAGCCCAGAAUUCCCACUAGAAACGCUAAAGAUCCGAACAAUGGAAAUGCUCACAGAGGCGGUUCAGGAGGGCAGCCUGCACGUACGCGAUCCGGUAGGGGGCAGCACCGAGUUCCUCUUCGUGCCGCUCAUUAAACUCUUCUACACCCUGCUCAUCAUGGGAAUCUUCCACAACGGAGACCUCAAGGCGAUCCUGCAGCUCAUCGAGCCCAGCGUCUUCUCGCAGGACUCCGGGGAACACAGCGGGAGCAUCGGCCCGGAUAGGGACGCGGAUCCUGCGGAAAAACGGACCGAAGUGGGAUCAGGAGACGAGGAUGAGAGCGGGAAGAGAAAAGUGCCUAAAGAGGGUCUUCUGCAGAUGAAGCUUCCUGAACCGGUCAAACUGCAGAUGUGCCACCUGCUCCAGUAUCUAUGCGACUGUCAGGUCCGGCACCGGAUCGAGGCGGUAGUUGCUUUCUCCGACGACUUCGUAGCUAACCUCCAGGACAACCAGCGCUUCCGCUAUAACGAGGUCAUGCAGGCGCUGAACAUGUCAGCCGCGCUCACCGCUCGCAAAACCAAAGAGUUCCGCUCGCCGCCUCAGGAACAGAUUAACAUGCUGCUGGGCUUUAAGAAUGAGAAGCAGGAAUGCCCGUGUCCAGAGGACAUCCGAGAGCAGCUACUGCUGUUCCAUGAAGAUCUAAUGACCCACUGUGGUAUAGAGAUCGACGAUGAUAAGGCGGGGGAGGGAGACGAUUUUACUAUUAGAGGACGUCUCAUGUCCCUCGUGGAGAAGGUUGCCUACCUGAAGAAGAAAAUGACUGACAUGCCGAAGAAAAAAAAGGCCAAGAAGCCUAGCACUCUGCAGCAGCUGAUCUCCGAGACGAUGGUGCGCUGGGCUCAGGAGUCCGUGAUCGAGGACCCAGAGCUGGUCAGGGCCAUGUUCGUGCUGCUGCACAGACAGUACGACGGCAUCGGAGGGCAGGUGCGCGCCCUGCCCAAAACCUACACCAUCAACGCCGUCUCCGUGGAGGACACCAUCAACCUGCUGGCGUCGCUGGGGCAGAUCCGCUCGCUGCUCAGUGUCCGCAUGGGCCGCGAAGAGGAGAAGCUCAUGAUCCGCGGCCUCAGUGACAUCAUGAACAAUAAGGUGUUCUAUCAGCACCCGAACCUGAUGAGAGCUCUGGGCAUGCACGAGACUGUUAUGGAGGUCAUGGUUAACGUACUGGGUGGAGGAGAGUCCAAGGAAAUCACGUUCCCUAAGAUGGUGGCCAACUGCUGUCGUUUCCUCUGCUACUUCUGUCGGAUCAGCCGGCAAAACCAGAAGGCCAUGUUUGAUCACCUGAGCUACCUGCUGGAGAACAGCAGCGUGGGUCUCGCGUCUCCGUCCAUGCGGGGCUCCACUCCACUAGAUGUGGCCGCUGCCUCAGUGAUGGACAAUAACGAGCUAGCUCUGGCCCUCAGAGAGCCCGACCUAGAGAAGGUGGUGCAGUAUCUGGCUGGCUGUGGCCUCCAGAGCUGUGUAAUGUUGGUAUCUAAGGGUUAUCCUGAUAUCGGAUGGAAUCCCGUAGAGGGAGAACGAUACCUCGACUUCCUCCGCUUCGCCGUCUUCUGUAACGGCGAGAGCGUGGAGGAGAACGCGAACGUAGUGGUGCGGCUCCUGAUCCGCCGGCCGGAGUGCUUCGGGCCCGCCCUGCGCGGCGAGGGUGGAAACGGCUUGCUGGCAGCGAUGGAGGAAGCCAUUAAGAUAUCGGAGGACCCGAGCAGAGACGGACCGUCGCCCACAUCGGAGGACAGCAAGACCCUGGAUACACUGGAGGAUGAGGAGGACGACACGAUACACAUGGGCAAUGCCAUCAUGACUUUCUAUGCUGCUUUGAUUGAUCUGCUGGGUCGCUGUGCUCCGGAAAUGCACCUGAUACACGCUGGCAAAGGCGAGGCCAUCCGUAUCCGGGCCAUCCUGCGCUCUCUCAUCCCCAUCGAGGACCUGGAAGGGGUGAUCAGCAUCCCCUUCUCCAUGCCCACACUCGCCAAAGAUGGCUCUGUGGUGGAGCCGGACAUGUCAGCUGGCUUUUGUCCGGACCACAAGGCAGCAAUGGUUCUGUUUCUGGACCGUGUUUAUGGAAUCGAGGACCAGAACUUCCUGCUGCACCUGCUUGAGGUCGGCUUCUUGCCUGACCUUAGAGCUGCUGCCUCCUUGGACACGGCCGCUCUGAGUGCCACAGACAUGGCUCUGGCUCUGAACCGCUACCUGUGCACGGCGGUGCUCCCCCUGCUGACCAAGUGCGCCCCUCUGUUCGCGGGCACAGAGCCGUUCGCUUCACUCAUCGACUCGCUCCUCCACACCGUCUACCGCCUCUCUAAGGGCUGCUGCCUCACCAAGGCACAAAGAGACGCCAUCGAAGAGUGCCUGCUUUCUGUGUGUGGCAAACUCAGACCUUCUAUGAUGCAGCAUCUUCUGAGGCGCCUGGUAUUCGACGUUCCGUUACUGAACGAACACACCAAGAUGCCACUCAAGCUGUUAACCAAUCAUUACGAGCGAUGCUGGAAGUACUACUGCCUGUCCGGUGGAUGGGGAAGCUUCGGCGCUGCAUCCGACGAGGAGCUCCACCUCACCAGGAAACUCUUCUGGGGAAUUUUCGAUGCUCUGGCCAGAAAGAAAUAUGAUGCUGAGCUGUUCAAGCUGGCUCUACCGUGCCUCAGUGCCGUGGCAGGAGCUCUACCACCAGACUACAUGGAGUCCAACUACGUGGCCAUGAUGGAGAAACAGUCAUCUAUGGACGCAGAGGGCAAUUUUAACCCUCAGCCUGUCGACACCAGCAAUGUAAACGUUCCUGAAAGGCUGGAUCACUUCAUCAAUAAGUAUGCUGAGCACUCACAUGAGAAAUGGUCCAUGGAGAAGUUUGCUAAUGGAUGGGUGCAUGGAGAGCUGUUGUGUGACACAUCCAAAGUACAUCCACUGCUAAAACCCUAUAAAGGAUUGUCUGAGAAGGAUAAGGAGGUGUACCGCUGGCCGAUCAAAGAGACUCUGAAGACCAUGCUGUCAUGGGGCUGGAGCAUCGAGAGGAUGAGGGAGAACGACCCAGCCAGCUUACACAGCCGCACCCGCCGGAUCUCCCUGUCCAGCCAGUUGUCUAUAGAGGGCGCUCAUGGGUUCAGUCCCCGGCCAGUGGAUAUGAGCAAUGUGACCCUGUCCCGGGACCUGCAUUCUAUGGCGGAGCUGCUGGCAGAAAAUUACCAUAACAUUUGGGCCAAGAGGAAGAAGCUUGAACUGGAGGCCAAAGGAGGGGGAAGCCACCCACUGCUGGUCCCCUACGACACAUUAACUGCCAAAGAGAAAUCCAAAGACAGAGAAAAAGCACAAGACAUCCUCAAGUUCCUUCAAAUCAAUGGCUACACUGUAUCAAGGGCUGUGAAGGAGCAGGAUCUGGACACCCCGUCCAUAGAGAAGCGCUUCGCCUACACCUUUCUGCAGCAGCUCAUCACCUAUGUGGACGAAGCCCAUGAACACAUGCUGGAAUUCGAUGUUUCUACACGUCCAAAGGGAGAAAAAAUUCCUCACGAACAGCAGAUGAAGUUCUUCGGAAAGGUCGUUCUGCCUCUGGUCGACCAGUACUUCAAGAACCAUCGGCUGUACUUCCUCUCAACAGCUGUCCGACCAAUCAGCAGUGGAGGUCACGCGUCCAAUAAGGAGAAAGAAAUGGUCACCAGUCUUUUCUGCAAACUGGGAGUUCUUGUCAGACAUAGGAUAUCACUGUUUGGAAAUGAUGCUACAUCUAUCGUGAACUGUCUUCACAUCCUGGGACAGACGCUGGAUGCAAGGACAGUGAUGAAGACCGGUUUGGAGUCUGUGAAAGCAGCACUGCGGGAAUUUUUCGACAACGCCGCCGAGGAUCUGGAGCGGACGAUGGAGAACCUGCGACAGGGUCAGUUCACGCACACCCGAACCCAGCCGAAAGGAGUCACCCAGAUCAUCAACUACACCACCGUGGCACUGCUGCCCAUCCUCUCCUCGCUAUUCGAGCACAUCGGUCAGAACCUGUUCGGAGAGGAUCUUAUACUGGAUGAUGUCCAGGUCUCCUGUUAUAGAAUCCUAAACAGUCUCUACUCCCUCGGCACCAGCAAAAGCAUUUAUGUGGAAAGGCAGCGUCCUGCUCUUGGCGAGUGCCUGGCGGCGUUCUCCGGAGCCUUCCCCGUGGCCUUCCUGGAGCCUCAUCUCAACAAGUACAACAGCUACUCCAUCUACAACACAAAGGGCUCCAGAGAGAGAACGACGAGCAGUCUUCCAGCGCAGGUAGAGGAAGCCUGCCCUCUGGUGCCGUCGCUAGAGAAGGCUCUGCAGGAAAUCAUGGAGCUGGCCGAGUCGGGCAUGCGCUACACCCACAUGCCUCACGUGAUGGAGGUGGUGUUGCCCAUGCUGUGCAGCUACAUGUCUCACUGGUGGGAGCACGGACCCGAGAGCAACCCGGAGCGCGCCGACACCUGCUGCACCUCGCUCACCUCCGAGCACAUGAACACCCUGCUGGGUAACAUCCUCAAGAUCAUCUACAACAACCUGGGCAUCGACGAGGGCGCCUGGAUGAAGAGGCUCGCGGUCUUCUCUCAGCCAAUCAUCAGCAAGGCUCGGCCACAGCUGCUGAAGAGUCACUUCCUGCCUCUGAUGGAGAAGCUGAAGAAGAAGGCGGCCACCGUUCUCCUGGACGAGGAGCACAUGAAGGCUGAAGGUCGCGGUGAGAUGUCGGAGUCGGAGCUGCUCAUCCUGGACGAGUUCACCAUCCUGGUGCGGGACCUGUACGCCUUCUACCCGCUCCUCAUCCGCUUCGUGGAUUACAACAGAGCAAAGUGGCUGAAGGAGCCGAACCCCGAGGCCGAGGAACUGUUCCGCAUGGUGGCAGAGGUCUUCAUUUUCUGGGCCAAAUCUCAUAAUUUCAAACGGGAGGAGCAGAACUUUGUGGUUCAGAACGAGAUCAACAACAUGUCCUUCCUCAUUACCGACACCAAGUCCAAGAUGUCCAAGGGGGCAGUAUCAGACCAGGAGAGGAAGAAGAUGAAAAAGAGGGGUGAUCGAUAUUCCAUGCAGACCUCUCUGAUUGUAGCUGCUCUGAAGAGGUUGCUUCCUGUCGGCCUGAAUAUUUGUGCUCCCGGAGACCAGGAGCUCAUCGCCCUCGCCAAGAACCGCUUUACCCAGAAAGACACAGAGGAGGAGGUUCGGGAGAUCAUCCGUAACAACCUCCACCUGCAGGGAAAGCUGGAGGACCCUGCUAUCCGUUGGCAGAUGGCUUUAUAUAAGGACAUGCCCAACCGCAGUGAGGACACCUCAGACCCAGGGAAGACCGUCGAGCGAGUGCUGGACAUCGCCCACGUGCUCUUCCAUCUAGACCAGGUUGAGCACCCUCAGAGGAGUAAGAAAGCUGUGUGGCACAAGCUGCUGUCCAAGCAGAGGAAACGAGCCGUGGUGGCCUGCUUCAGGAUGGCGCCGCUGUACAACCUGCCCAGACAUCGAGCGGUGAACCUCUUCCUGCAGGGCUACGAGAAGUCCUGGAUUGAGACAGAGGAGCAUUAUUUCGAAGACAAACUCAUUGAGGAUUUAGCUAAGCCGGGCGGAGAGGAGCCCUCGGAGGAGGACGAAGGGGUUAAACGCAUCGACCCUCUGCACCAGCUCAUUCAGCUCUUCAGCAGGACGGCGCUCACCGAGAAAUGUAAACUGGAGGAGGACAGCCUGUACAUGGCUUAUGCCGACAUCAUGGCCAAGAGCUGCCACGAUGAGGAGGAAGAAGAUGAAGAAGAAGUGAAAAGUUUUGAAGAGAAGGAGAUGGAGAAGCAGAAGUUGUUGUACCAGCAGGCUCGGCUACACGAUCGCGGAGCUGCCGAGAUGGUGCUACAGACCAUCAGUGCCAGCAAAGGCGAGAUGGGACCGAUGGUGGCGUCCACUCUGAAGCUAGGCAUCGCUAUUCUGAACGGCGGAAAUUCCACAGUCCAACAGAAAAUGCUAGACUACCUAAAGGACAAGAAGGAUGUGGGAUUCUUCCAAAGCCUGGCAGGACUAAUGCAGUCCUGCAGCGUUUUGGAUCUGAAUGCUUUCGAGAGACAGAAUAAAGCCGAGGGUCUGGGCAUGGUGACGGAGGAAGGCUCAGGCGAAAAGGUGAUGCAGGAUGACGAGUUCACCUGCGACCUCUUUCGGUUCCUGCAGCUGCUUUGUGAAGGACACAACUCAGAUUUCCAGAACUACCUGAGAACACAAACUGGAAACAACACAACCGUCAACAUUAUCAUCUCCACCGUGGAUUAUCUGCUUCGAGUACAGGAGUCAAUCAGCGAUUUCUACUGGUAUUAUUCCGGAAAGGACGUGAUUGACGAGCAAGGUCAGCGCAAUUUCUCCAAGGCCAUCAACGUGGCAAAACAGGUCUUCAAUACACUCACAGAGUAUAUUCAGGGUCCCUGCACCGGGAACCAGCAGAGCCUGGCGCACAGUCGCCUGUGGGACGCCGUGGUUGGUUUCCUUCAUGUUUUUGCACAUAUGCAGAUGAAGCUCUCACAGGAUUCGAGCCAGAUUGAGCUGUUGAAGGAGCUUAUGGACCUGCAGAAGGACAUGGUUGUAAUGCUGCUCUCCAUGUUAGAGGGAAACGUGGUAAACGGCACCAUUGGGAAGCAGAUGGUGGACAUGUUGGUGGAAUCCUCCAAUAACGUGGAGAUGAUCUUGAAGUUCUUCGAUAUGUUCCUCAAGCUGAAAGACCUCACCUCCUCGGACGCCUUCAAAGAACACGACCCGGACGGGAAAGGCGUCAUCUCCAAAAGAGACUUCCACAAGGCCAUGGAGAGCCACAAGCACUACACGCAGUCCGAGACCGAGUUCCUGCUGUCGUGCGCCGAGACGGACGAGAACGAGCUCCUGGACUACGAGGAGUUCGUGGAGCGCUUCCACGAGCCGGCCAAAGACAUCGGCUUCAACGUGGCCGUGCUCCUCACCAACCUCUCGGAGCACAUGCCUCACGACUCGCGCCUGCAGACCUUCCUGGAGCUGGCGGAGAGCGUGCUCAACUACUUCCAGCCGUACCUGGGCCGUAUCGAGAUCAUGGGCAGCGCCAAGCGCAUCGAGCGCGUGUACUUCGAGAUCAGCGAGUCCAGCCGCACGCAGUGGGAGAAGCCGCAGGUCAAGGAGUCCAAGCGGCAGUUCAUCUUCGACGUGGUCAACGAAGGGGGCGAGAAGGAGAAGAUGGAGCUGUUCGUGAACUUCUGCGAGGACACCAUCUUCGAGAUGCAGCUGGCCGCGAAGAUGUCCGACGCGGGGGAGCGGUCUGCAAGUAAAGAGGAGAGCGAGAGGGAGAAACCAGAGGAGGAGAGUCCAGACAUGGGAUUCUUCUCCGUCAGCACCGUGUGCACCGCCCUGCUCGCCCUCCGCUACAACAUCAUGCUUCUGAUGAAGGUUCUCUCCAUGAAGAGCCUGAAGAAGCAGCUGAAGAAGGCCAAGAAGAUGACUGUGAGGGACAUGGUGACGGCACUGGCGGCGUUCUGCUUCAGCGUCCUCGCCGGCCUGCUGCACUUCGCCUUCAGCGUGGCCCGAGGUUUCUUCCGCAUCAUCUACAGCAGCUUCCUGGGAGGGGGCCUGGUGGAGGGAGCCAAGACCAUGAAGGUGUCCGAGCUGCUGGCCAACAUGCCCGACCCCACACAGGACGAGGUCAGAGGGGAGAGCGAGGAGCUGGAGAGGAAACCUGCAGAGAAAGCUUUACCUGAGGAAGACCUGGCGGACCUGGCCGUGGCUGCAGAGGACACUGACCUGCUGUCUGAUAUAUUCGGGCUCGAUUUGAGAAGAGAGGGAGGGCAGUACAAACUCAUGCCUCAUAACCCCAACGCCGGCCUGACCGAGCUGCUUAAUACGCCCGUGCCAUCACCGCCGACACCCUCACCCGAACUCCGCCGGAGACACACGGCAAAAAGUUCAUCAUCAACAGAUGAGAAAGACGGCACAGAGGAGACCAAGACCGUGUCCGAGAAAGCAGAAGGUGAAGACGGCGAGAAACAUGAGAAGAAAAAAGAGGAGCAGAAGAAAAGGCUCAGACUCCACCGUUUUAAAUCAGACGAGCCGGAUCUUCAAGAGUCGGCAUUCUGGAAGAAGAUCAUCGCCUACCAGCGCAAACUCCUCAACUAUUUCGCACGCAAUUUCUACAACAUGAGAAUGCUGGCUUUGUUUGUGGCCUUCGCAAUCAACUUCAUCCUGCUCUUCUAUAAGGUGUCCACGUCGUCUGCAGUGAAGGAGGAGAAGCAGGUGGUGUACAGCACAUCACAGCUGGAUAAUAGCCUGAGGUGGGACUCGCAGAGCAGCUCUCCCGCCGAUCGUCCGGUCACGGUGCACUUCGUGCUGGAGGAGAGCAGUGGCUACAUGGAGCCCACGCUGCGCAUCCUGGCCAUCCUCCACACCAUCAUCUCCUUCUUCUGCAUCAUCGGAUACUACUGUCUCAAGGUUCCUCUGGUGAUCUUUAAGAGGGAGAAGGAGGUAGCCAGGAAGCUGGAGUUUGAUGGGUUGUAUAUAACGGAGCAGCCGUCAGAGGAUGACAUCAAAGGCCAGUGGGACAGACUGGUCAUCAACACACAGUCCUUUCCAAACAACUACUGGGACAAAUUCGUCAAAAGGAAGGUGAUGGAUAAGUACGGCGAGUUUUACGGUAACGAUCGCAUCAGCGAGCUGCUGGGCAUGGAUAAAGGCGCUCUGGAUUUCAGUGAUGCCCACGGGAAGAGGAAGCCCAAGAAAGACGGCUCGUUAGCUGCUGUGUUAAACUCGGUUGAUGUGAAGUACCAGAUCUGGAAGCUGGGUGUGGUCUUCACAGAUAAUUCAUUCCUGUAUCUAGCCUGGUACAUGACCAUGUCCAUACUGGGCCACUACAACAACUUUUUCUUCGCUGCUCACCUGCUGGACAUAGCUAUGGGCUUCAAGACACUAAGGACCAUCCUGUCUUCUGUCACUCACAAUGGCAAACAGCUGGUCCUGACAGUGGGCUUGCUGGCAGUGGUAGUCUACCUCUACACAGUGGUGGCCUUCAACUUCUUCCGCAAGUUCUAUAACAAGAGCGAGGACGGAGAGUCACCAGACAUGAAGUGCGACGACAUGCUAACGUGUUACAUGUUCCACAUGUACGUGGGCGUGCGUGCCGGCGGUGGCAUCGGCGAUCAGAUCGAGGACCCUGCGGGUGACGAGUACGAGAUCUACCGCAUCAUCUUCGAUAUCACGUUCUUCUUCUUCGUCAUCGUCAUCCUGCUCGCCAUCAUCCAGGGUCUGAUCAUCGAUGCGUUUGGUGAGCUGAGAGACCAGCAGGAACAAGUGAAGGAAGAUAUGGAGACCAAGUGUUUUAUCUGUGGGAUUGGAAACGACUAUUUUGACACAGUCCCUCAUGGCUUUGAGACACACACUUUACAGGAGCACAACUUGGCAAACUAUCUAUUUUUUGUGAUGUAUCUCAUUAAUAAGGAUGAAACAGAGCACACGGGCCAGGAGUCGUACGUUUGGAAAAUGUACCAGGAGCGCUGCUGGGAAUUCUUCCCGGCCGGAGACUGCUUCCGAAAACAAUACGAGGACCAGCUUAACUAACCCACACGCGCACACGUACACACAAGAGCCAUGGACUCUCGGACUUCUCUGUGACUGUUCCGGAGGAGGACUCUCUUUCAUCCCGGAAUGCUUUUGGAGAUUCUGUACAUAGCUGCACCGCGCCCAGAACACGCUGGACCGACGAGAGGAGAGAAGGAGAGAAAGAGACCGAGCGCUUCUCCAUUUUUACAUUUGCUUUAAUGGAAAGACACUCAAAGAUGAACAAAAAUAAAGAAAAAGAACAAUGGACACCGAGGAGGAGGAGAUAGAGGAUCGAGAGUGUGGACGAAUGUAGUCGAAUGCGACGUCAUCUCACUCAUUCUUGGUCUUGUUUGUUCGGCAGGAUGCAUGAAUAGAUGGAUGGAUGGAUGGAUGGAUGAUUGAACCAUGAUACUGGCCAGGGAGAACAGAAGGGACACAGUGCCUUACCAAGCAAAGGGUGAGCUAUGCAAGCUUUCGGAGACAGAACGAUAGGUAUCGUCAGACAGACACCACGAGGGCUAUUACAGACGUAUAACACUAUGAUGAAGGUAAUAUACAGCUAAUGUAGAAAUAUAGCUAGGCAUUUAUAAGUGUGAGUGUGUGUGUGUGUGUGUGUGUGUGUGUGUGUGUGUAUAAGAGAAAUCGUAAAGAAGUCGUAAGAAUGUACAGCGUCGCAUUAUAAAGCCAUGGGAGAUCGGGAGCUUGCAAUCCUUCAGACCGCUGACGGGUUUUCAUUUCGUCACCACCUCACCCUUCCCUGCACCAUUUCUGUCCUAGAUGCCCUAGAUGUUCGUUUUUCCCCUCUUUAUUUCGGGAGAUUUAUGCAUUCGCGGCGUAACGACAGCGGCGUUUAAUCUUUAUAUACACUAGAGUUCUAGGAAUCUCUCCGAGAAGAAAAAAUAAAGUCCUUUUUUUUU